CGGCACGUCGUUGUAAGAAGAAGAGUAAUUCUCAGCCAUUCGUCGUUUUUUCUUAAAAAUUUUCUAACCAGUGAGGUGCUUUUCUUUUCUUUUACGAUCUGAGAAAACCGAUUCUUUUAUAAUUUUUCUUUUUCUUUUUAAAAGGUCGCCGGAAAAUCGUUCUUCCAAGGAUCGAUUUCCGGCGAUGGCUUCGGUUGCAUCAUUCUUCUUCCCUCUCCUUCUGCUCCUCUCAGCGAUCUCUGGCAUCUCUUCCGAAACCGCGAUCCGUCUCCCGUCGGAGAAUCUCGUCGCCGGAGGGAAUCGGAAGGUCCGCGCCGACGAUGGCGUAUUCUGCGAUAGCUGGAAACUCGCCGUGGAGACGAACAACGCCGGGAAUUGGAAACAAAUUCCGGCGAGGUGCGCGGCGUUCGUGCAGGCGUACAUGACCGGGGGACAGUACUCGUCGGAUUUGGAGGUGAUCGGAAAACUGUCGUCGGAGUUUGCGAGGAGCGUGAAGCUGGUCGGAGAUGAUAGAGACGCGUGGGUGUUCGAUAUCGACGAAACUCUUCUAUCGAACUUGCCGUAUUACGAAGAGACCGGGUUCGGGACAGAGAUCUUUAAUGAGACAUCCUUUGAUGAAUGGGUGAAAUUGGCCAAGGCUCCAGCUUUGCUACCAAGUUUCAGUUUGCACAAUGAGCUUCAGGAGUUGGGAUUCAAAAUAAUUCUCUUAACUGGGAGAAGUGAGCAGCAGAGGAGUGCCACUGAGGCAAACCUUCUAUUUGCAGGGUACAGAAACUGGGAGAGGCUUAUCUUAAGAAGCCCUUCUGACCAAGGUAAAACAGCUGCUCAGUACAAGUCUGAGAAGAGAUCAGAGUUGGUGGAAGAAGGCUACAGGAUCCAUGGCAACUCUGGUGAUCAGUGGAGUGACUUAUGGGGUUUUGCUGUGGCAUCACGCUCUUUUAAACUCCCAAACCCAAUGUAUUAUAUUGCUUAACAGAGAAAUGGUAUCUCCAACUUGUAUUCUCUUCUCAUGAUUGCUUGUUGUGUAUUAUGAACAUGAAUGUCUCUCCAUUGUUUUCAUGGCCGAAGCUAUGAGUGGACCAUACAUUCAUAAGGGCUGGUUUGGGAACAAUUCUCCUAACUGACGAAGAUUCAUUGGAGACCAGACAAUUGUAAAUGAGAUUCUGAUUGAUGUUAGUUUCUUAUGUACUACAUUGUUAGAGAUAAAAA